AAAAUGCUUGUUAAAACCGACGGCAGUCGCGGCGCCGCUGUAACCGCUGAAUGGAGCAGCUGUGGGAGUCGGAGAUAAGAAGUUCCCCCUCAGUCUCGCACCUUACAGCCGCAGGAACCUGCUCCCUGAAAUGUGUAUAAGAUCUCUUGGUCACUAGAGGGCAGCAACACUCACCCAUCCAGUAAGGUCCACUGAGACUGAACCUGCGUUGGUGCACAUGAUGAUCAGCAGCCCACAUCCUCGUCGUAUCCGUGUCCUGGACUCUACUAUGGCCCAGGUUCACUGUGUGCCCUGUCCAGCGCCUCCGCCUGCCUCACCCACCUCCCCCCGAUCCCCUCGCCCGCCCCACCCCUCGCCAUUUCCCCCAGUGAGAAAGAUGAGCCUGAGACUGUCCAUCGCCGGCUUUCAUCUUGGACAGCCCUCUCGUAACCGCAGACACAGCUGGCAGCCCGGGGCAGUGCUGAAUGCUGACCCACAAUAUGAGCAGCGCAGUGUGAGUCUUGAGGCUCUGGACCCUCAGGAGAUGGAGAAGGUUCAGUAUGGGGGUCUCGGGAGGCGGGACCCAAGGCGGGCUCCCAUUACCCACUAUAGUGAGGAUUUGGAGUCUCUGCUGUCACUCACUGAGGAGGAAACAGGUUCUGACUCCCAGAUCUUCUCUUUCAAGGAGGAGCAGUCCACUCUGCCGCAGGGCUACAGUGUAUCUGUGCCGUCUCUUUGCACCAUAUCCAGCAAAUGCCAACCAGCCCAUGCCAACCACCGCCUGCACUCUCACGCCCAAGCAGAAUCCUUCAGCUCUCUAUUUGGAGGAUCCACACAGAGUGUGGAUGCAGAGCUGGGUGGAGAGCUGUGGGGGAGUGUGGAGAGGACGGAGGGUAAGGGGGUUCAGAGGGUGGAGAGUGGGGAGAAGUCCGGCAGCCUGCGCUCCCUGGUACGCAGUCUCAGCUUCUUGGGCAAGAUGGCCGGCAACCGCAAGAACAAAGAGAAGGAGCGCAUGAAGGAGCGAGAGAAGGAGGCGCGGGAGAGGGAGGCACGCUACAGUAAUGGCCAUCUCUUCACCUCCCUCACUGUAUCAGCCACCACGCUCUGCUCAGCCUGCAACAGGAGCAUCACUGCCAAGGAAGCACUCAGCUGCCCCACCUGCAAUGUCACCAUCCACAACCGCUGCCGAGACACACUGGCCAACUGUGCCAAAAUGAAGCAGAAGCAACAGAAGUUGGCCCUGGUGAGGAACAGUUCAGCUCUUCAAAACGUGGCCCUUCGUAGUAAAACUCCCAUGAUAAAGGAAAGGCCGAGUUCAGCCAUCUACCCCUCCGACAGUCUGCGCCAGUCUCUGCUGGGCUCUCGCCGUGGACGCUCCACUCUCUCCCUCAACAAGAGCGUCUCCACCAAUAACAUCGCUGGGAAUCUGAACGAUGACUCUCCUCUGGGCCUCAGAAGAAUUCUGUCCCAAUCUACAGACUCUCUGAACUUCAGGAACAGGGCCAUGUCCAUGGAGUCUCUGAACGAUGACGGAGAGGUGUAUUACGCGUCCAUGCUGGACGAGUUGGAGAGGGAGGGGCGGGACUUUGAGGCAGAUUCGUGGAGUUUGGUAGUGGACUCUUCAUACCUGCAGACCCACCGCAAAGAUGUGAUCAAGAGACAAGAUGUGAUCUAUGAGCUGAUCCAGACUGAGCUGCAUAAUGUGCGCACACUGCGGAUCAUGGAGGGCGUGUUCCGGCGUGGCAUGCUUGAGGAGGUGCUUUUGGAGCCCGGGGUAGUCCACGCAGUCUUCCCCUGCCUAGACCAGUUGGUGGCGCUGCACUCACGCUUUCUCGGCCAGCUGCUGAGCAGGAGAAACAACAGCCUGGAGCCAGGCAGCACCACCAACUUCACCAUACACCAGCUUGGAGAUGUACUGGUGGACCAGUUCUCAGGCCACAACGCUGAUGAGAUGAGGAAGUGCUAUGCCGAGUUCUGCAGCCGUCACCUGAAGGCUGUGAAGCUCUAUAAGGAGCUCCUGGCCCGGGACAAGAGGUUCCAGCAAUUUAUCCGGAGGGUAAGCAGAGGUCCCCUGCUCCGUCGUCACGGAGUCCAAGAGUGCAUCCUGCUCGUCACGCAGCGCAUCACCAAAUACCCAGUGCUGAUACAGCGGAUACUGGACAAUACGAAAGGCAGUGACGAGGAGGCGGAGUCUCUGAGCCAGGCGCUGGUUCUGAUCCGGGAGCUGCUGAGCUCGGUGGAUCAGCAGGUGCAGGAGCUGGAGUACACACAGAGGCUGCAGGAGAUCCGCGCCAAGCUGGACCCACGGGCCGAAACUGAGGUGCGGGGAGGAGGCAUAUUCCGUGGUGGAGAGCUGCAAAGGAGGAGGCUCAUCCACGAGGGAACACUGCUGUGGAAGACUGCGCAGGGGUCCAGACUCAAAGAUGUGCAGGUCUUGUUGAUGACGGACAUCCUGGUGUUCUUGCAGGAAAAAGACCAAAAAUACUUUUUCCCCUGUCUGGACAAGCCCUCAGUCCUAUCACUGCAAAAGCUGAUUGUCAGGGAUAUAGCCAAUCAAGAGCGCGGCAUGUUCCUCAUCAGUGACUCCAACCCUCCAGAACCUCCGGAGAUGUAUGAGCUGCAUGCCGCCUCCAAAGACGACAGGAACAACUGGAUGAAAAUCAUCCAGGAGGCAGUGCGGCAGUGUCCCUCCAGGGAAGAUUUCCCCCUGAUUGAGACAGAGGACAAAGCGCUUCUGCGUAGACUCAGAGCUGAUAUUCAGCAGAAGGACCGUGAGGUGCUGGAGCUGCUACAGGAGCGCGUGACCCUCUUCUUCGACCUGGCCGAGGUCACUGCAGGCCAAGAGCUCACUUGCCCCAACAACUGCCGAAAUGUGUUCCGAGCGGACACGCCUCACGCACCCCAGGCUGAAAGAUUACUCAAUAAUGCCAUCGCUGAAGUGGACAGAUUGAGUGAGCUGCUCCUGGGCUCCAGCAUCGAGCUUCCUAAGUCCAGCAGUUCCAACAAUGUCCAGAACCACACAGAGACACCAAUGAGCAAUGGCGAGACAGUUUCCGUCAAUGGAACUCUUGAUGAGAACAGUCCAUCACAAAAAGACAAUAAUGGUAACCAGCUGCAGGACAGAACUCCCAAUGAGGAAGUAUGCCAAAGACUCGUCAACCUCAGCACUCAUCUCCACGCACUACAGGCUGCCGUAAUCAGACAGGACUCUAUUCUGGAGCUGUGUCUGCGGGAGUGCUCCACCCCCUUCUCGGCUCCGCCCACCCCGACCUCCGUCCCGCUGGGCCCCUCCCCAGUCCGGCUGAGCCGCUCACUGUCCCGGGACGCCCUGCUGGAGGGUGUGAGCAUCGGGGCAGGAGAACAGGCCCUGCUGCAACGUCAGUUCUCACUGCUGCAGGAGGAGGUGGGGAGACUGCGCCUCCUGGAGGCCAAACUGCGGGACAGUGAGAAGGCGCGGGUGCAGCUGGAGACGCAGAUCAGAGAACUGCAGGCCACACGCAGCAGCAACACCACACAGGACAGCACAGAUACAACAUCAGCACAGCAGACUCCGGCUCAGAGAAGAGGAAGCGAUGGAGGCCAGGGCCCUCUCGCCCCCUUAGCCUGCCAGGAAACUGUAGACCAGUUAGACGGAGUGCAGGAGGGCAGUGAGGAAGAGGAUUCUGAAGAAGAGGAAGAGGUUCGGAUUUCCCCACGCUCAGACAGUCCCAGAGAUCUACAGGACAUCCCAGAGGAGAGCGAGUGUGGCACUGAAGCUCCGGACAGCGAAGCAGGACCAGACACGGCCCACAGCUAACGGUUGCUCAGUCUGAAGGCCAAACCAUAAGACGGAGUCAAUCGCAGAGCUGGACCUCCUCUGCUGGACGCUACACACAGCCUCUCGUUCACUUCCGAAGAACGGCUGCGUUUUAAUACGUCUUGCUAGAACUAUAGCUGAGAGAACUCAUGAAGGCUGAUUGAAGGGUGUUUUUUGUGUUGAAUCUCAUUUCAUUUGUCAGAAUUGGAGACGCUUUCCCUUCCUGUUUGAUACAAGGAAACGAAUAGAGUUUAAGGGGAAAAGGACAUAUAAGGUUAUAGCGAAAGCAAGUUAAUCUGCUGUUAAGUGCAGUUUUCCUUAUUUAUAUCUCUGAGAAUAACCUCUUAUUAAGACCCGUAGCCUACUACUGCCUGCCAUUUUAUCGUUUUUAUUCUGUUGUUUGUAUUAUUUGUAUGGUGCAAAUGACUGAAACUGAAAAAAGGCUGGAAAGAAAAAGACAGGAAUUAUGUACUGUGUGUAAAAUUAGAAAACAAGGGUGAGUUUUCUACAAAGCAUCGUAACAGAAAAUGAUGGUUAAUAUGAGCACCGCUCACAUAUUUCAAUGUGUUUCUCUAUGAGUUUGAAAAAUGCUGAAAUCUGCAUUUAUUCUCAAUGACCAGACACUUGGUCAGUUCUACAGGGUGGCAAAUGCAGUCUGAUUACUUAACGAGGAAGUCAAAUGUAGCAUGACGUGUAAUUGCAAGAGAAGAAAAUAAGACCAAAGUGGUUUGCCAGUUAGUAACAUUCUGUUAAAUUAUAUGUUACUUGAAUAGAGUAGAUGAGAAAUGCUAUGAUUUUUAGGCCCUGGUUGGUAAUGAUUGUUCCGUGUAGGACAUCAGGUGUGCAUCCUCUUUCCCUUCAGACACUUAAUGAGCCAUCAUUUCUGCAAUAACAGUGGCUUUGCUCUUACCCACUUCAUUCUGAAUAGCUGUGUACAAGCUAGGCCAUAAACAGACCAGCCUAACUGAAGUCCAUUACUGGACAUAGAAGGAUUUUUUUUCUCUACUAUGUAUAUUAUGUAUCUGUCUGUAUAAAUAUUUGAAAUGUUUUGAAAAAGGAAAAAAAGACUAAAAAGAAAGCCCUUUUAAGUGUAAACCUUGUAACUUUUUUAUUUUAAACUUUUAUGUUAAUUUUAUUAUUUUUAUUACUUGAACUUACUGCUUGUUUGUAUUGUGUUGGUCAAAUAUACAGUAGGAAUGUC